CGGGCUGCUGAAUGCAUAUAUAGUCAAAAACGGAUCUAUCUUAAUCCGGGCGUCCCGUUGGACAUUAGGUGCGGGAAGCCCGAGUCUAAAGGAGCUCACUAUCAACACGGAGGUCAUCGUCUCCGCAGCCGCUCCUUGCCUGUUCUCUCACAGCAGCCACUCUCCUUUUCCAGAAACCAUCACUGUAAAUACACACCAUGUCGAAUAAAAAGAUAGAGCAGUGGGAAGUCGAGCGGUAUUGGGAGAUCUUCUCUUCCUUGGCCGGCGGCCAACCCCAUCUCAACAACUCCCAGGCCGCCUCAGUGCUCAGGAACAGCCGUCUACGCGAUGACCAGCUGGAGAAAGUGUGGGAUUUGGCUGACCUGGACGGAGAUGGAGAACUCGACUUUGAGGAAUUCUGUGUCGCCAUGCGAUUAGUCUUCGAUCUGGUAAACGGGGAAUUACCGCAAGUUCCCAAAUCGCUUCCCGAUUGGCUGGUCCCUGAAUCCAAAGCACACCUCGUCCAAGCUACUCGUGCUCUAAGUGGAGGCCAGGAGCAGUUCGAGCGUAUAGAGGAUGAAGAUAGCACGCCCGGGCUGAAAGACGGUUUCGACUGGUACAUGAGCCCUGAGGAUAAGGCCAAGUACGAGGAGAUAUACUCCGCCAAUAAGAACCAGCGCGGUGAAAUAGCCUUUGGAUCCCUAGAACCCCUCUAUGAAUCUCUUGAUGUCCCAGAUACCGAUAUCCGCUCAGCCUGGAACCUAGUAAACCCAUCCGCGGCCCCCGAAAUCAAUAAGGAUGCCACACUUGCCUUUCUCCAUAUCCUCAACUACCGCCACGAGGGCUACCGUAUCCCCCGCACAAUCCCCGCUUCUUUGCGCGCAUCUUUCGAAAAUAACAAGAUAGACUACCAGCUUGAUAGCGCGCGGCCAGCGCAAAAAUGGGGCACAAAUGGCGAUACGGAGACUUCGACGGGCCGCAAGGCUAAAUUCGGUGAUACGUACCUGAGUCGCCUCGGCGUUGCGGGCAAGACAUCCUACACGCCCAAGGGGACGGAUUUCAGCGACACGAUUCAGGAUGAGGAGUGGGAGAAGGUGCGGCUGCGACGCGAACUGGCAGAGUUAGAUGCCAAGCUGCAGGCUGCGAAUAAGGCUGUUGAGGGACGGAAAGCUGGUAACCGGAACGACGGGCGGCCGAACUGGGUUCUCAUUAAGAAAGAGGCUCUUCAGCUUCUGGAGUAUAAGGAACGUGAGCUGCGUGAAUUGCGCGAGGGCAGUGGGCGGGCCAAAGCCGGCGGGGAUGUCGAGCGUCUUCGUGAAGAUGUCCGCACAGUGGGCGAGCAGGUCGAUGGUUUGAAGAACCAUCUCAUCCAGCGAAAAGGUGUGCUUGAGGACUUGCGAAGAGAAAUUGAAGACGAGCGGGCGUCUCGGUAGUCUCAUAUAUAUCCACGUCUUCCUUCUUGUACCUAUCCUGGCGGUCUAAUCAUGCAUGCCUAUGUAUAGCCACUUGGCGAGGAGUUCAGGCGUUCA